UAAACACUUGUCGAAGAAGCAGAGAGGGCAGUGACUUCAUUAGACCAACACAACACCGACAGUAGACACCCACUCCUCUUCAAUCUACUCUUUUCUUCCACCUUUCCUCUCUCUCUCUCAAAUCCAGAGGCAGUUACAAUAGCCAAUAAGUCAAGAUGUUGCAGCUACUCUACGCCGCGAUCUUCGGCGAAAUGCUUCUGAUCAUGGUUCUCCUUUUCAAGACCCCACUCAGGAAGCUCCUCAUCCUCACGUUGGAUCGCCUCAAGCGUGGCCGUGGCCCCAUCGUCGUCACCACCGUCGGCGCCACAUUGGUCGUCGUCCUCGCUUCUAGCCUCUACAGUAUGGCCAAGAUCCAACGCCGUAUCGCUGAGGCCGGUGUUGUCAACCCCACCGAACAAGUCCUCAUGUCCAAGCACCUUCUCGAAGCUUCUCUCAUGGGGUUUGUGCUUUUCCUCUCCCUCAUGAUAGAUAGGUUGCACCAUUACAUAAGAGAGCUUCGCAUUCUCCGAAAGACCAUGGAGGCUGUUAAGAAACAAGGCCGAAGUUUCGAGGACGGUAAAAACACCACCACCUCUGAGGAUCAUAGAACGCUGACCGAAGAAAUCGCGACAUUGAAGGCCCGAAUCAAGAAUUUGGAAACCGAAAGCGAAGCAAAAGGAAGUAAGGCUAAGUCUUUGGAAUCGGAAGUAGAGGCUCUGAAGAAGCAAUCCGAAGGGUUCCUUAUGGAAUAUGAUCGCCUCUUGGAAGAAAAUCAGAACCUUCGGAGUCAGUUGGAGGCCAUUGAUCAAAGCUCUUUGCAUGCUGAGAAUAAGAAAAAUAUGUGAGAAGGACAAAUUUGUCCCCCUUUUUUUCAGCUGCUCCUGUUUUAACAUUUUAAGCAUCAUAUGUUGUAUUAGAAAAGCUGAGAUCAUUGUAAAUAUCUAAAGAACAGAAAGAAGGUAUGUGGAUUCAGUGUGCUAAACUUCUCUUAAAGGAUAAUGUAUAGGUAUUUUCUGGUCCCCUUUGUUGAUAGUGAUAAUGGUAAUAGUGAGGACUUGAUCACAUACAUUUUUAUAACACAAUUCUACAUUUUGAUUA